CUCUCUCUCUCACACACACACACACACACAACACAAACAAUAUUCUCCAUCUUUUUGCCAGUUGCCACUUUACUGAUCCAUAAUAGAGUUGUUGUCAGAGAAUGAAUGGCUGAGAAGACCAAUUUUGUUCCGGUAUAAAGGGGCUCAAUUGGUGACAUAGAGCUAGAGAUUAAGGAACUGAAGGUCUCUCUGAUGGAGUCAUCAUUUUCUGGAUCAUCGAAGAGAGCCAAGGCACCGAGUAAUGUCACCCAAGUUGUUCGUUGCUUGGUUGAUGGGUGCAACGCAGACCUUAAUCAGUGCCGUGAGUAUCACAGACGGCAUAAAGUGUGCGAGUUCCAUGCUAAGUCCCCUAAGGUUACAAUUGGUGGUAGAGAGCAACGGUUUUGUCAACAAUGCAGCAGGUUUCAUUCGUUGGCAGAGUUUGAUGAGGGAAAGCGAAGCUGCAGGAAACGUUUAGAUGGCCAUAACCGGCGGCGAAGGAAGCCUCAGCCUGAUCCUCUUUCCAGAAAUUCUGGAAUGACUGUUUCUAAUCAACAAGGUACAAUGCUUUUGUCAUUCAGCAAUCCACAAAUAUUCCCAAGUGCCGGUGGAACCUCCACUUGGGCUGGGCCUGUCAAAGCUGAGAAUGAGACAGUGCUAUACAAUAGCCAGUCACCCUUGAGCUGCAUUGACCGACGCAACCCAUUUCCUGAAUCUUCCGCUCACAGCUACAGAGGAGUAAACCAGUUUCAAUUCUUGCAACAAGAUACUGACCACAUUCUCCCUGAAGCUUCCGUUUGUCAAUCACUUCUUGAUCCCCAUUCUGCAUCAGCAAUCACUUGCAGCAGCCAAAGAAUGUUCUGUGAUGGGUUAAAUCGAAUGGUUGACUCUGAUGGUGCUCUCUCUCUUCUGUCAUCAGCACCGGCUAUAACUAGGGAGAUUGGUUUGAGCCCCAUGGUGCAGCCUGACCCCGAAUUGCAGGCACAGUCCUUGAUCCAUAACCUGCAGUAUAGCAGUACAAUGCUUUUGUCAUUCAGCAAUCCACAAAUAUUCCCUAGUGCCGGUGGAACCUCCACUUGGGCUGGGCCUGUCAAAGCUGAGAAUGAGACAGUGCUAUACAAUAGACAGUCACCCUUGAGCUGCAUUGACCGACGCAACCCAUUUCCUGAAUCUUCCGCUCACAGCUGCAGAGGAGUAAACCAGUUUCAAUUCUUGCAACAAGAUACUGACCACAUUCUCCCUGAAGCUUCCGUUUGUCAAUCACUUCUUGAUCCCCAUUCUGCAUCAGCAAUCACUUGCAGCAGCCAAAGAAUGUUCUGUGAUGGGUUAAAUCGAAUGGUUGACUCUGAUGGUGCUCUCUCUCUUCUGUCAUCAGCACCGGCUAUAACUAGGGAGAUUGGUUUGAGCCCCAUGGUGCAGCCUGACCCCGAAUUGCAGGCACAGUCCUUGAUCCAUAACCUGCAGUAUAGCAGUAUAGAUCAGUACGCUUGCACACAAGAAAUGGAAAUCAAGCCUGUAGUUUCUGCUACCGACUCUGGCAAUAGCCAUGAUGCCACCCUGUGUUUCCAGGGAAUGUUUCAGAAUGAACCUGAUGGGUCUUCUGCAAGUGGAUCUCAUCAAACCCUGAUAUUUUGGUGGGAGUAA